UCCUGCCCAAGAAAGAUGCUGGCUUUCCGUUUAAAAGUUCUUUGAUUUCUCAAAGUCUUGUUCUCUAAGUCUUAAAAUGACAAUUGUAAAAUUGGCCAGUUCUACUUUUCGCAUAACCCUUGCGGCGAUGGUGUUAAGUAGCGAGUGUGUCCAUAAAACGAGUAGUCUGGAGAGUGACCAUUUCAACAUUUCAAUAGAAAAUAAAAAUAUUUAUCAGAAAUUGCCCCCCACGACCAGCCUCCUAACUCAACCCCAUGUUCAUAAAAGUGACGAGGUGCAAGUCUUUGACAAUGGCACCGUCACCAAUCCAACGACCGGCAUGUUUCAACAGCAGAUUAAUUUCGACAGUGGAAGUCGAAAUUAUCGUAAACGAUAUGGCGGUGGUGGGGGCGGUUCUUGGGGGGAGUACGAUGGAGGUGGGUCAUUUUCAUAUGAGGGAUCGUACGGUGGGGGUGACAGUGGUGGUGGUGGUUGGGGUUACGGCCAUAAGAAAGGAACCCCAAACCAUCAUUACAACCCUUCCGUCAACAAAUAUGGAGGAGGUGGGCCAAUAAGUUAUAAUCCAGUUGGAGGUAGCGGCGGUGGACAUUCUCCUCCAAAAAAGCCAAACUACGGUUCAAGCUAUGUCCCCAAUCAUGUCCUACCUGGGGGCGGUGGUGAAGGUGGAAUCAAGCCGGGCAGUGGUGGGCACAAACCGAGUGGGGGCGGUGGAGGCGGUGGGGGUGGUGGAAUCGGAAUCAAACCAGGUGGUGGAAUUAGACCAGGCGCAGGGGGUGGAAUUAGACCGGGUGCAGGGGGUGGAAUUAGGCCAGGAGCAGGGGGUGGGGUUAGGCCAGGGGUAGGAGGCGGGGGAGGUGGACACAGACCUGGAGGAGGGGAUGGAGGUUCCGGCGGCGGCGGUGUCAUACCUGAAAUCGACAUUUCCGAAGAUGCCAUCACCAUCGUGCUUUGCGAGGUUGUGGAAAAGUGUCACAUCUUUGUCCACUGUGCCUCCUACUCUAGUGACUACUUGGGUUCGAAGGAGCGUUGUUGUUUCCAGCCGAGGAAGCAGGAAAAGGGGAUGUGUUGCGACGGAAGCUAUCCCUUGACCUCUCCCAACGCUGGGCGUCACUUCAGCCCUUACCCCACUGACACAGUCCCAGUUCCCGACAUCAGCCACAGCUCGCUCCAAACAGCCGCCGCCAAGGGGUACGAGUACCAAGCGAGGUAUCGCUCCAUUGAAAACCAGUUGCUCGAGCUGAACAUUAUUGUCGAAAAGGGAACGGCAGCUCAUGGACAUUUGCUGUUUUUCCAGACAACGCAAGCCAUGCUUCAUGCGGCUCGAGAAAAUUUUUUCGCGUUAAAAGCCACCAGUUACAUUCAAGACUCAUAUUUUUUAACAAACGCUGAAGCUGGGAUCGGUUUGCAGGGGUAUGACUUUGGUGGGACUGUGUUGGAGAAGACUUGUCCCACCAAGCCAAAAUGCGACCGAGUUUCCAAGUACAGAACGGCCGAUGGGUCAUGCAACAAUCCAAAGUCUCCAAAAUUGGGGCAAAGUUCUUCCACGCUGAUCAGACUGCUACCACCCGAUUAUGCAGAUGGAAUCUGGGCGCCACGGGUCAGAAAAGAUGGGACAGCUCUACCCAGUGCAAGAUUCAUAACGCUAAAUAUCAUACCGGAUGCAAAUCUUCCCGACUUGCGAUACUCUCACAUGCUCAUGCAAUUUGGCCAAUUUAUAGACCAUGAUCUCAGUCAUGUUCCAAUAAUUAGGUUUCCAGAUAUGUCGGGGAUUCAGUGUUGUAGUUCGAUGCAGGCGGACGUGACCCAUCCGGCAUGUUUCCCCAUUGACAUUCCUCCCAACGAUUUUAACAACAGAGGCCUGCCUUGCAUGAAUUUUGUGAGGUCCAUGACUGCUCCUCGUUUAGAUUGCAGCUUUGGUCAUGCGGAUCAAUUAAAUCAAGUAACUCACUGGUUGGAUGCGUCCCAGAUUUACGGAUCAACUUUCGAAGCAGCUGAAUCUCUUCGAGAAUUUUCUGGAGGUCGUCUCCGAAUUUCGCAGGAUGGUGGAAGCGGAGGUCGGGAAUUUUUACCUGAGAGUGGACAAGAAGAGGAGAAAGACUGCGCCCAGGCAGCUCAAGGAAAUGGUCACUGUUAUAUUGCCGGAGACAAACGAGUUAAUGAAAAUAUCGCUUUGACAUCCGUGCAAACAAUCUUUCUGCGUGAACAUAACCGCAUUUCGUUUGAGCUUGGGAAGGUAAAUCCACACUGGGAAGACGAAACCCUGUAUCAAGAGACGAGGCGAAUCGUAAUUGCGGAAUACCAGCACAUUUUGUACAAUGAAUGGUUACCUCUCAUAAUUGGGAGAAAUUACAUGGAAACGUUUGGAAUACUUCCGCUGUACGACGGAUACUACAAGGGAUAUGACAGUGGCGUGGAUUCCAGAGUUUCAAACGCAUUCACCACGGCCGCAUUUCGAAUGGGACAUUCACUGGUUCAGGGCACUUUAAACUUGCAGGCCAAUGGAGGAGGAAAUGUCGGGAGACUCGUCCUUCGAGAUUUUCUCAACAAUCCCAGCAUUCUUCCGGAACCUGGAGUGCUAGACUUUCUUACGGAAGGUCUUCUUACUCAACCGAUACAGCGAUUUGAUAACUUUGUCACGACUGAGCUACGAGAUCACCUCUUUGAAACGGCCAACUCUCCAGGAAUGGAUCUCCCCGCAUUGAACAUUCAACGCGGAAGAGACCACGGACUCCCAAGUUAUAACGAGUAUAGAGAUUUGUGUCGACUUGGAAAAGCCAGAGAUUUUGACGACCUUUCCCCGAUCAUCCAUCCACGGAAAAUUCCACAAUUGGAAAGAAUCUACGGAAAUGUGGAUGAUAUUGACCUCUUCGUGGGCGGACUUCACGAGACACCACUUCCGGGUGCAGUUGUUGGUCCCACGUUCGCCUGCAUUAUUGGGGACCAGUUUGUCCGUUCGAAGCGUGGAGAUCAAUACUUUUAUGAUAAUGGUGGACAAUUCAGCUCAUUCUCGAAAGGUCAACUUCAUGAGAUUCGAAGUACCAGUAUGAGCCGGAUUUUGUGUGAUAACACGGAUGAAAUUCGAUCCAUACAACCUUUGGCGUUCCAUCUGCCUAAUGGACGAUACAAUCCAAUGCUUCCCUGUGGAAGCCCUGCAAUUCCACGACUGAACCUUCGAGCAUGGCGAGAUUAGUAUAUUCAUACGUAGUAGUAACAUUAAUUUUAUGCAAUAGUACCACUUUUAUACUUACUUAUCUAUUGUUGUACUAAAACAAUACUUUUUAUUUAACACUCACUCACUCUAGGCAGAUUGACCGAAUGUUUGCAUUUUUUAUAGAAAAAUAAAAGAAGCACAGGUUUAAAAAGA